AUGUUUUUAUUAAAGAUCCCACGAACAUCACAUGCCAAAGAAGGAAUGCUUGAUAAAUGUCGUGAUUAUUAUCGUGGAAAUAAACAACAACUUCGAAAUAUCGAUGAAUUUGAACAUGCCUACGAACCAACUAAAGCCAUACAGUGGUAUACAGCUGAUAUGUUUAUUUAUAAGAUAGUAAAUAAAUCGCUUCGAACAGAAGACAUUGAUCUACUAUAUUUAUUUCGUUUUUAUAUUAUUGAUCUAUGUCAAAUGCUUGAACAAGAAUAUAAAGUAUUACAAGAAUUUCAAAAUGUGACUACAUUUACACUCUAUCGUGGACUUAAAAUGACUUCAGUUGAUAUAGAAAAUCUCAAUAAAAAUGUUGGAAAUCUGAUAUCGACAAAUGGAUCAACAACGAGAGAUAUUAAUGUAGCAUACAUGUAUGCGGACGUUGGUGCAAAGACUAAUAAUGAAAAGAUACCGACACUAUUCAAAAUCAAUGUUAAUAUACAAUCACAAACAAAUAUUUUGGCCAAUAUUGGAGGAAUAAGUAAGUUUUCAGAUGAAGCAGAGGUGUUGUUUGAUCUGGGUAGCACAUUCAAGAUUAAUAGUGUCAAUUAUGACAAAAUUGAACGUUUCUGGGCGGUAGAAAUGAUAACAACAGACGAAGGUGAACAGAUCACAAAUGAAUACAUAACAAACACAAAAAGUAAAGCCUUAGGAUCAACAACUAUACUGACAUUUGGCCAACUUCUCGCCAAUAUGGACGAGCCUCGUAAAGCACAACAAUAUGGCGAGAACCUAUUGGUGAACAAUACAGAAUUUGCCGUAGGCAUACAUCAUUUUUUGGGUCUUGUUUAUCCUCUGACAAAAGAUUAUUCUAAAGCAUUGGAUCAUUUAGUGCAUGCACGUAAUUUAUUUAUGAAUGCUGUUCCGCCGAAUUUUGAAUUUGCUGCACACGUGAUACCGGCAUUGAUAAUAUCUACUGCGCUCAAGAGCAGUACAAAUGAAGUCUAG